UGAUGGGAAUAUUACUCCUUUAUUUAGAGACACACAUACAGACACCAUUUGAAGGUAUAAAAAUAAUUUCAUCCUUUAAUUUCAUCAUUCUAGCUCUCUUAAAUAAAGCCAUGUGUACAGCAAUAUAUUUACAUAUUAAGUAAUUAUAAUAGAAUGACUUGAUAUAAACAAGUUUAUAUCAACAGAAAAAAUAAAUUCAGGUUGCCAUCGAGUCUAUUGUUCUUGGUAUAAUGUUCAGUGCUUGUCAGUCCCAACCCUCAAAGAACUCACAAUCUAAUGAUGAAACAGCGUAGAAAGUAAAACUGUAUUUUCCAUAAUAGAUAUGAAAACCUUCCCCAGUCAGAUUUUCAAAGUGAAUCCUCUGACUUCCUCUAAAGUAGCUUCGUGAGCAGUAUAAGCUGCUUUUCCUUUCCCUCGGAAACAGCAUAUAUCUUGCACAGUUCCAUGCCACCCUUUCCUGGUGUAGUGAUUAUUUAAUCUCAAUCAGGGGUUUCUGUCCUGACUUUGAUCAUUCAGUUCCCAGAUAAAAGACACACAACUUUUAUACUUAUAAUAAGCCUUUGAUGCACUAGAUCUGGACAAUAUCUACCCUCUAAGCUAUUAUGUAUCCACUUCCCUAUCAAUAAUUCCGAAUUACAACUUGCCAUUUUCCAUCUGGGCUGUCCUUAACUCAAGAGGUCAACCCUCAUGGCCACGUUUUCAUGAUUCACCUACCCCAUGGUGUCCUCUCUCCACAUACUACCCUCUCCUUCUGGUCCCUAAUUGGGACCCCAAGCCCAAGAACCAAAACUCUGCCUAUCUCUCUUCUGUUCAGCUAUAGGCAGUGGACAUCUUUACUCACCAAUCAGGCAAGGUUACCUAAGUGCAGAUUCUCUCAUCCCGGGGGCAACCAGGCCUUGGGGGCCAGGAUUUAGCAUUACAAUGCAUAGCAAAUGACCAAACUUUAACACCUUCCCUCAAGACUUUACUAGUCAAUCUUACCAUAAAGAUGGUUUUACAAGUUACCUAAUUGGUUGAUGGUUAAGUCUUUGUUGUGCUGGCAUGUGUGUCUGUGACUGCUGUUUGUCUCACUUUGCGUACACCAAAUGACAGAUAACCGAACUCUAUUCAUUUUAUCAAUGAUGCUAGAUUUGGCUCAGAACUGUUUGAUUUAUAUUGGAAACAUCAUCGAAGAUCAGAUCUCCUUGGGAAGGCUUUUUUUUUCUGGUCUGUUUCAUUUACUCUGGCUAGACCUUGUGUUUGGAAGAUGGCAUUUAUUUAUUUAUUUGAGCAUAUUCGAAAAAGCUCGCAAGGACCUCAGCAAAUUGCCUUUUUUUUUGGUAUUCCAAUUAACCAGCCAGUCAUUGUAGUCGGAAACGGGAUUGCUAUGAUUUUUUUGGUGAAAUUAUGCUACUUUAUUUAGGAUGGAAACACACUCCACAAGUUGCCAGGGCAUGUAUGCACCCAAGUGGGAGUGGAUUUGGGGACGGAGUGGAUUUCCAGAUACCGUUAGUUCUGGAAUAGUUUAAAUGUAGGUCCCACACCCAAACCCUAGUUUCCUUCUCUGGUUGGACAGCUCUGGUUGCAGUAAGUACCUUACUGACACAUUGAACAAUCUUCUUUAUAUGAACAUCAGAGGCCAAUGGCUUCUUCUUCCAGUCACGAUCCUCAUGAGUUGGCCACUCUCUUCAAUUUCUUCGUUUCUUUGGAUGCUUGUCUUCAGUGUUUCUUCUGCUUGGGCCUGGCUGGUCUUUUCUGUGUUCGCCGACCCCCAACACAAUCAUAACCUUAGCGUCUCCCUCAAGAAACCCUUACUUCCAAGGCCGAAUCUUUCCCUUUUUCUGUGGGGGUUCUUCAGGCCAAGUUUAGAACUUGCUCAUCAAGACUUAACUUCCUGGGGCUGUCUCUGGUUACACCGAGGGCCAGGCGCAAUCCUUUCCCAGAACUUGGUGUACCAGUGCGGGGCUCAGGUGGGACGGCACGCUCAGGUGAGCGAGCUGAUUAGCGCGGUGUGAGGGGCUUCGCGCUUUUCCCACAGAGUCCGCCCACCACAGCUGCGGCUCCACAGCCGGCCUCGCCUCCCGCGUCCAGCGUGGCUGAGCUCCGGAAUGGCUGCGGGUGGCGAAUCCAGAUGCUGCCCAGCUGCGUCCCCAGCACAGCACUUCAGGGCGCAGCGAGCGUGAGGAGACGCCCGCUGCCGGCCGUGGGCUUUGUCCGUCCGCCGCUCCGCCCCGCCCCGUGCCUCCCCGCCCCCUCCGCGGUCCCACUUCCUCGGCGCGGGAGGCGGGAGCGCGCCGGGCAGCGAGGGGUUAAGCCGACGCGCUUGAGGCGCGGAGGGAUCCGGAGGCGAGCGGAGCUCGGUGCUGAGGCCGCUUCAGCGAAAAAAAAAUGUCCGCCUGAGGAGACCCACAAGUUCUAUCGGGGGGACAGCCAGCCCGCCCGGGGAGCCACGGGCGGCCAAGCCCGAGAGCCGCCCGAGCCGCUCGGACUCAAGCGCUCGCGCGGGCCCGAGGCAGCCCAGCCGCCGGCGGCGCGUGGGGAGGGGGAAGCCCGAGCCCGCGCUCCCGACCAAAGUGAACUUUAAUCGGGAAGGUUGGAUGCGGAGCCCGGGCGGCAGGACCUGCUAGAAGUAGCUGAAGAUGAAUCCCCAGCAGCAGCGCAUGGCCGCGAUAGGGACCGACAAGGAGCUGAGCGACCUGCUGGACUUCAGUGCGAUGUUUUCUCCACCUGUUAAUAGUGGGAAAACGAGACCAACGACACUGGGAAGUAGUCAGUUCAGCGGGUCAGGUAUGGAUGAGCGUGGAGGAACAACGUCUUGGGGAACAAGCGGUCAACCAAGCCCCUCCUAUGAUUCAUCUAGAGGUUUUACAGACAGCCCUCAUUACAGUGAUCACUUGAAUGACAGUCGAUUAGGAACCCAUGAAGGCUUGUCCCCAACACCUUUCAUGAACUCAAAUCUGAUAGGGAAAACCUCAGAGAGAGGCUCAUUUUCCCUGUACAGCAGAGACUCUGGAUUAUCAGGCUGUCAGUCUAGUCUCCUGAGACAAGAUCUAGGACUCGGGAGCCCAGCACAGUUGUCUUCUUCAGGAAAACCUGGAACACCAUACUACUCAUUCUCUGCCACAAGUUCUAGAAGAAGACCGCUCCAUGAUUCUGUAGCUCUAGAUCCUUUACAAGCAAAGAAAGUAAGAAAGGUGCCUCCUGGCCUACCUUCUUCUGUGUAUGCACCAUCCCCAAAUUCUGACGAUUUCAACCGUGAAUCUCCUAGUUACCCAUCUCCCAAGCCACCAACCAGUAUGUUCGCUAGCACUUUCUUUAUGCAAGAUGGCACCCACAGUUCUUCUGACCUUUGGAGUUCAUCGAAUGGGAUGAGCCAGCCUGGUUUUGGUGGAAUUCUGGGGACCUCCACUUCCCACAUGUCUCAGUCCAGUAGUUAUGGCAGUCUUCAUUCACAUGACCGCUUGAGUUAUCCUCCACACUCAGUGUCACCAACAGACAUAAACACAAGUCUUCCGCCAAUGUCCAGCUUCCACCGUGGUAGUACCAGCAGCUCACCAUAUGUUGCCGCCUCACAUACUCCUCCCAUCAAUGGAUCAGAUAGCAUCCUGGGAACCCGAGGGAAUGCUGCUGGAAGCUCACAGACCGGUGAUGCACUUGGGAAGGCCUUGGCAUCUAUUUAUUCUCCUGACCACACAAGCAGUAGUUUUCCAUCAAACCCAUCAACACCAGUAGGAUCUCCUUCACCUCUCACAGGUACCAGUCAGUGGCCCAGAGCUGGAGGGCAAGCUCCUUCAUCCCCAAGCUAUGAAAACUCACUUCACUCCCUGAAAAAUCGAGUUGAGCAGCAACUUCACGAGCAUUUGCAAGAUGCAAUGUCCUUCUUAAAGGAUGUCUGUGAGCAGUCUCGAAUGGAAGACCGUUUGGACAGGCUGGAUGAUGCUAUCCAUGUGCUACGGAACCAUGCAGUUGGACCUUCUACCAGUCUGCCUACUAGCCACAGUGAUAUACACAGUUUAUUGGGACCAUCCCAUAAUGCACCAAUUGGAAACCUCAAUUCAAACUAUGGAGGAUCAAGCCUUGUUACAAAUAGUCGAUCAGCUUCGAUGGUCGGAACUCAUCGGGAAGAUUCGGUCAGUCUCAAUGGCAAUCAUUCGGUCCUGUCUAGUACUGUUGCUGCCUCAAACACAGAACUGAACCAUAAAACACCAGAAAGUUUCAGAGGUGGUGUACAAAAUCAGUCUGGAAGUGUUGUUCCAACAGAAAUCAAGACUGAAAACAAAGAAAAAGAUGAAAACCUUCAUGAACCUCCUUCAUCAGAUGACAUGAAAUCAGAUGAUGAGUCCUCCCAGAAAGACAUCAAAGUCUCAUCUAGAGGCAGAACAAGCAGUACCAAUGAAGAUGAGGAUCUGAAUCCAGAACAGAAAAUCGAAAGGGAGAAGGAAAGGCGGAUGGCUAACAAUGCCAGAGAGCGCUUGCGUGUGCGGGAUAUCAAUGAGGCAUUCAAGGAGCUCGGCCGAAUGUGUCAGCUUCAUUUGAAGAGUGAGAAACCACAGACAAAACUUCUCAUUCUUCAUCAAGCCGUGGCAGUCAUCCUUAGUCUAGAACAGCAAGUCAGAGAGAGGAACCUCAACCCCAAAGCAGCCUGCCUUAAGAGAAGAGAAGAAGAAAAGGUCUCUGCUGCGUCAGCAGAGCCGCCCACCACGUUGCCAGGAACCCAUCCUGGGCUUAGUGAGACAACCAACCCUAUGGGUCAUCUGUAAACAUCAGCCAGUUCCAGAGUCAUCAGUAGGCUAGAUAGAAGGUGACCUCUCCUCAUAAAGAUUUGGACAACUCAGAUUAUCUGAAGACACAAACCUGGCAGGAGGGAGAAGAAAAAGCAAAACACUUGAAACAAGAAACUCAUAUGUAAUCCUAUGAUCAAAGCAACUGGUCAACACUUCCAUCAGAAGUGAGGAUAGGAAGCUCAUCAGAGAACGUCGGCCCGUGAGGUGUUUGCAGCGUAUCAUUCUGCUGUAAGCAAUGUGUCGCUUCUGCACAAUCAGAGACUGUCUCAUCUCUCCACUCACCGUGGAAGUUGCCUUGUGCCUAAACUGAAUUGACAAAUGCAUUGUAACUACAAAUUUUAUUUAUUGAUAUGGAACUGUGAGGUCUACAUAUAAAGGGAAAAGUUCAUGUGGGAAGCUGAUGUACACUCAGCUGAUGCCAGCAUUGUUAAAGCUGUUCACAGAGCAGUGGCAACCAUUGGCCCUUAGCAUUCCCGGCAUACCUGUUAGUGUCUUAAAAAGGAAGGGAGUCCUUUGUUGCCCUCUCCGACCUUCGCCAUAUGAAUAGUGUUUUCCAUGAAAUAGGAAACUAUUACUUGGUAUAGCAUUUCUCUCUUGUUUUUUUUCACUCAUUUUUAUUUUCUCUUUGUGGGUGUUAUGUUUGAUCUGAGUCUGCAUAGUUUAUGGUCACAGUCCAGAACCCUCCUUACAGCCCUGUGUGCUUUGUUCAUGUCCCUGAAGUGAUAAGCAGGCACCGUCUGUGACCAUAGCCUAGCUAAGAUUUUUGAAAGGGGAAGUUUUUGUUCCCUGGAUUUGCCCCCAAAUAAACAUUGCUUUAUUUCUAAUAAUCACUAAGACUUUUCAGGCUUCUAGGUUUCAUAGUAAAGCUAUAAUAGCAAGAAGUGUAACUUACAAAGGAGAGUCUACUUUUUAGGAAUUGCUUUGUUCCGAGCAGUAAGUACUACACAAUAUAGUACUUGUAAAGUGUUAGCUGUUAAGUAAGCACAAAAUGCAUUCAAUACAAUACAAAGAUGACUUUUCGUGGUGAGCGUAAGAAAACCCGGUAGUCACCGGGACAGGCAGUGUGAUGAGUGCACUCAACCACUCUGAGGCUAAUUACCUAUGGAAUCCAAGAGCAAUGGUCACAUUUCCUUAUUCUAGCUUUACUUCUCUGUCCUUUGAGUGGCUGGUCAGUGUGGGGUAGGGUAGGAGGGUGACUUAAUCACCUACAACCACCUGCCCCCGCCCCACGAAGAGCCAGAUUAGCACCGAGCUGUCCCUGUCAGUCCAUCUAGCAUUGUGCAUUAGGGCACCCUCCGUCUCUCUCUAAUCCUUUACAGUUGUUUUUAAGACACAGUAAUCACUUUAAACUUCCAUGAACUCUGUCUUCCACCACAGCAGCCCUGGGAGAGGAAAACAUGCUGAGCACAAUGGUCUUGGCUAAGUUACUCCUUAGAGCCAACAUCAGUGGCAAUCCGCACACAGAAGAAAAAUCCCAGACCGUUCUGUAACUUACAGACACCGGAGAAUUUGAAAGAACAAAAACCAUUAAGACAGCACUUCAGAUUCUCAUCAGGACUAUUUCUAACAAGUCAGUUUUUGGUGAACGUAGUGGACUUAAUCUGUAUAUGUUCUCCAGUUACAUCAGACUUUCUCUGUGGCCUUGUUCUUCAUUUCAGUGUUAAUCAGCUAAAACAGAAUUGUUGCUAUGACGUGGGAGUGAACAUAAGCCACUGCCUGGCCUUUUUUUUUCUUCAGAGCUUGUUGUCUUUUUCGCUAUGUUAGACUUUGCAGAAUGCCCAGAAGCUUUCCUUCAUAAAAUAGAAAGAAAAAACAUUUGGCUUAUUUUUCACUGUAGCUAGUCUUUUAUACAAUAAUCUUGUAAGAAAAUUUCUUGAAUUCUAAAUAUUACUCUUUCUAGAUUUUUGAAAUCAAAAGUUUUCAGUAAAAAGUUUCUUACUUUAUUUUAUUAUAUUAGGUAGUUAAAGAAAAUGUAGGGUUAUUUACCAUAACCUGUUCAUUAAUAUCAGAAAUUUACAAUAGCAUUUUAAGAGCAUAGUAGGUUCUAGCAUACCGUGUAGUUCCUAUGGAGUAUUGUGAGAGCGAAUUGUUGGAGAUGGGCUGCUUUUCAUCUCGUUCUCCAGUUUCCAUUGUUGGUUUAUUGCAGAUUUGUAUCCUGUGUCAAAUUCAAGGUAUUAUUGAUAAACCUUUUCAACCAGCAGCAAGAAGUUCAAAUUUUUUUUUCUGUCGCUGUAACAGAAAACACAGUUAUGUAUAUAACAUUUAUGUAGCAAUAAAUGUGCCAUCCUUUUUUUAACAUA